AGCCUUGGCUCGCACGGUAGCAAGUGAAGAAUAAGGCCGGUUGAGGGAGCGGGAGCGAGCGCGGAGCAUCGAAACGGAUGCAGAGCAGAGCUCCACAAAACCAGCACAAGCAGCUGCAACUCCCCAGAUUCUCAUCAGAGUCUAGAGAGAGAGAGAGAGAGAGAGAUCUAGGGCGGGAUGGGGAACCAGAAGCAAAGGUGGACUUCAGAGGAGGAAGGUGCUCUUCUCGCCGGCGUCACCAAGCACGGCACCGGAAAGUGGAAGAUCAUCCUCAAAGAUCCUGAGUUCGCUCCAGCCCUCACUCACCGUUCCAACAUCGAUCUCAAGGACAAAUGGCGAAAUAUGAAUAUGAGUGUCAAUAAUGCUGCACAAGGCUCUAAAGAAAAAUUUAAAGUGCUUAAUGUAAAACCCAUUACAGCAAUUCCGGUUUCUAGUACUCAAAAUCCUGUGCCUAUCGCUUUACAUGCUCAAGAUGAGUGUUCUGAUGCUAUCAUGGAUGAUUGUACAAAGCUUUCCCAUGAUUGUAAAACUGCUCCACGGUACAAUGUUAUGAUUUUUGAAGCACUUUCAGCAAUGAACGAUAUGAAUGGAUCUGAUAUUGCAGCAAUUGUUAGAUUUAUUGAGCAAAGGCACGAAGUCCCUCAAAAUUUCAGAAGAUUAUUAAGUUCAAAGUUGAGAAGGCUUGUUUCACAGGGCAAACUUGAGAAGGUCCAGAACUGCUUCAAGAUGAAAAGUGAUAUCUUGUCGGGAACAAAAACGCCUACCCCAAAGCAAAAAGAUGCCAGGCCACAACAGUUGCAGAAUACUGGGUUAGUUGUGUCUCGCGAAACACUGGAAGAAGCCGCAAUAACUGCAGCUUACAGAAUUGCUGAUGCAGAAAACAAGUCAUUUGUGGCAGCUGAAGCAGUUAAGGAGGCAGAAAGAGUCUCGAGAUUGGCAGAAGACGCCGAUUCACUGCUCGAGUUGAUGAAAGAUAUUUAUGAACAUUGUAAUACCGACAACUCCCUUUCUUGUAUCAUUAUUGUUCAUAUGACUUUUUUCUUUUCAAUUUGCAAAUAACCAUUUCCUUUCGGUUUACUUCGACAGGUUCUGAAGGUGAAGUAAUUCUCUUGACGUGAAGCGUUAAUAGUAAUUUGAUAGUAAGAUUUGUAAUUUACAAACCUGUAUAUAAAUUCAUUUAACCAAUUUAACCAUUUUUUAAUUUUUCUUGUUGCCAUGCCCCCAUUAUCCUCGACACCUGUUGGAGAUUCACAGCAGCUUUCUUUCAUAACCAUUUUCAUCUAGAAUUAUGAAAGCAUUUUAAAGUUGUGUUUGGCAGCA